AUGGCUUUCUCCUUUACGCAACCGCAGAAUCAAACUUCUUCGAUUUUCCAAACUCCGCUGCAGCAACCGCAAUCGAACCUGUUUUCGUUCAACCAAAAUACCCAGCCGCAAACGCAGAGUUCUCCAUUUCAAUGGCAAUCGCAAGCUCAGCAGCCGCAGCAGCAGCCGCAGCAGCAGCAGCAACAACUUGGGUUUCCUCAGGCUCAGCCUCAAGCUCAACAGCAGAAUCAGCAGCAGCAGCUGUUGCUAUUGACGAACGAUAAGGUGCCGGUGUCUUAUGGUACUAAAUGGGCUGACCUACACCCAGAUUCUCAGAAGUUUCUCCUGCAAAUUGAGGAGAGAGUAUUGGAGUAUAGAGACGAAAGCCAGCGACUUGAUCAAUGUAGCCGCCUCUAUGAUUCGUCGGUCUUGAAUGGUGGAUUUGAGCUUGAUGCUAGUCGAGUUUUCCAGGAACUUGGUGGAAUUAGUUCAACGAUGGAUCGACAUAAGGCUAUUUGUCAAGAACUAAUGGCUGUAGCAAAAGAUAUGUUGCGCAACACGGAGGUUGCUGUCCGUUCUUUUAUGAUGUUACGGCCAAGGUUUCUUCACUCAAGUGUGGAUAAUGAAACCAUUGCUAAUGCAUCAACCCCAGGUUCAGGAGUCCUGGUUGCUCAAACAUCAACUAAUCAGCCUGCUGCUACCUCAAUAGUGCCAGUUUUUGAUUUCUACAGUGGUAUACCAAAGAAACCAUCACCUUUUCUUCAGCAGACUGUUAUAAGAUUUGAGAAGCAAAUUUCCGAGUGUCGCCAGUGGAUUGAAGAGUUAGAACAGUUGAUUCUUUUAGAUGCUGACCGGGAUUCCUUAAACUCUACUUCAUCUUUAUUGCAAUCUCUUCCGAAAGUCAUGGCAAAUGUUCAUGAAUUUUUUGUACAUGUGGCUGCAAAGGUGGAGAGCAUUCACCAGUAUAUUGAAUCCAUGAAGACUGCAUAUCUAGCUGACCAACGCCGGCGAGGAGAUGGCAAUGAUCCAUUUCUCGAGGCUGAUCGGCGUGAAACAGCAAAACAAGAAGCUGCUGCUCGAAGAGUUCAUCCAACCCUGCAUUUGCCUGCUCCUCCACAAUCAUCCACUCAAGUUGCUGGGUCAUCGUCAAGUUCAGUGGGGGUUGGGGCAUUAGCAACUCAACCUACAACCACAGCCUUUACAUCAGCUUCCCUCUUAAGUACUCCUUCCAGUGUUGCCUUUUCUUCUUCCAUGUUCUCUACUCCAGCAACAUCAGCUUCACAGUCCGUGUUUGGACAAUCUGCCAUUUCUCCACAGCCAUCACUUUUUGGAACCCUUUCGUCUUCCACUCCUGCUUUUGGGGCGUCAACAUUUUCAACACCGCCUGCUACAGGUCCUGCAACAGGAUUAGGGAGUAGCUUUACCUCAAGUGUAAGUUCUUCUCUCCUAUAUAGAAAACUUUGUAUGUAGUGGGUACCAUAUAUGUUUUGGCAAUCUAUUCCUUACUGGCCAAUUUGUUUGUUAUAAUAAUCAAUCCUCAUGGUAAAAAUCUGUCUACACUGUCAUCGUUACUCUGUUGAAGCUAUGAAUUUCUGACCGUUAUUUGUGGCCACAUGCUGUCGGUUGCUUGUUGAUCCUUUGCAAACUUGAGCUUUAGAUGAAAAUACAUCGGAUAUGAGCAUGAGCCUCGUCCGCUUCGAAUAAACCAACUAACCUAUUUCAGUUGUGCUGAGUGACUGGUCUUUCGGAUGGUUCGGGGGCGGUUUGCAGGAAUUUAACUUUUUGAUGUUGACAUGAGUUAACUAAAUGAUGUGGUCGUCAUUGGAGGUUGUAAUAUUUUUGGAGACUCAUGGAUGCACAUAUAUAUGAAUAGUUAAAGAUCUUCUCUGCCUCAGUGGGUAUAGCACAUGAAGAUCUGAUUGUGCUGCCAGAGAUUUAUUACUUAGAUAUAUUGGGCAUUGAUAUGCAAAUAAUGGAUGUUUCCUUUUUUUUUUUUCCAAUUAAGUCAUGUGGAUUCCUUUUUUUUGAUCCCUUCUUUCAAAGUCUUCUUCCUUUCCAUCUGCAUCUUUUGCAUGGCAAACCACUUUUGGUUUGAUAGGUAUUGAGGGAUAGCUGUUGAAUUCACAUUGUGCUGGCAAUUCAAUAUGCUAGUCCAACUUCUUUAAUUGGAAUGGGAAAUGCAACGCAGAAGAAACUAUCCACGAAAUCGGCGCUGUUGUAGUAAUUGUUGUGAUAGAAAGAAGGAAUUGCUCUUAAAACAGCAGUUGUAAUUUGUGCUUUUUCAAGACCACAGAACUGUAAAUGACACCUUCUGGAGACAAAAACUUGUCUUGUGUUUGAGUGAUCCUUGCUUAUAUGUGUAAUUGCAGCUUCUGUAACUUACCUUGUAUUUCCUGCUUCUUGCAGAGGCCGAAGCCAAGAACAGCUUCUAGACGACGUUAAUCAACUUUAGCAGCAGCUAUAUGAAC